UAGGAUAGUGUACCUUGGCUGGGUGAGCCCGCCCCUAGCUGGGGAGAGAGCUGGUGCACAGGCUGGAAUAAGAGCCCAUCGCAUAGAGUCGAGUGUCGGAGCAGCCCACCCCUCUCUCUGCAGUAUGCAUGUUCGUCAGGGAAUUCGCGGAGCGCUCACGUCCCAGCAGUGUGUUUCACCGGCCAGAGACCAUCUACUGAAGAGUCGAGGAUAAUACAAUUGAAUGUGGCAGGCGGACCGGAGGCGGAAAGCCCGGAGUGACCGGAGGAAUACAGGAUUAAUCCACAGGAAUACAGACUGGCGCUCUCCUCUGAAAGUGAACAAUCAUGCAUGUGCUCUUCUGGGGCUUGGGGUUCCUGCUAUUCCCUGAUUUAUUGAAUGUAGCCGCAUCUACAGGGAGAUUGCUUCUGAAUUCAACUACAGUAAAAGAGGAGACCGGCGCUUAUGAGAUUGUAACACCGGUGCGAGUGAAUGAAGCCGGUGACAAGUUUCCAACAAGUGUACACUUCAAAAGGAAAAGGCGAAGUUUGGAAGAGAACACCGGUAACACUACAGAUCACUGGGCCUCACCGAAUAUCCAUUACAGGAUAUCUGCUUUCGGACAGAACUUUCACCUCAACCUUACUUUGGAUUCGGGAUUUAUCGCACCUCUCUACACUGUGACAGUACUUGGAGUACCCCGAGGAGAUAACAUAACGGAUUUUGCAACAGAUGGGGAGGAGGAGGAGGAGGAGGAGAAGGAGGAGGAGGAGGAGGACACAGAGUUAAGGCACUGCUUCUACAAAGGACAUGUAAAUGCACAAGCAGAACACGCCGCAGUCAUCAGUUUGUGCUCCGGACUGCUUGGCACUUUCAGGUCUCCAGAGGGGGAAUAUUUUGUGGAGCCCCUUCACAGCUAUCAAGGAGAACAUUAUGAAGAGGAACACACAAAACCUCAUAUUGUAUACAGGAAGAGUGCACCCAAGAAACAGUCAUCUGGGGACAACUCUGCAUGUGAUACUUCAGGACACAAACAAAGACAUAAAAGGCACAAACUGAAGAGGAGGCCAGCAGCCGGGGUCACCGCUGUGUCCGACGCAGGCCCGGUGGUCAGCGCUGGUAUAUUCAGUCAGCUGGAGUCGCUGAGUGCCGGGUUAGCCAGCGAUGCUUUGCUCAAAUCAGAGAGCAGCAGUGUUAGCGCUAGACCAUCAAAUGAUAGCAGCAGAGACUCAGGACCUCACAGGAGAUCAAAGCGCUUCCUCUCCUACCCGCGCUUUGUGGAAGUCAUGCUGGUUGCAGACAGCAAAAUGGUGGAGCAUCACGGCAGCAAUCUACAGCAUUACAUCCUAACCCUAAUGUCCAUUGUCUCUUCCAUUUACAAGGACCCCAGCAUUGGCAACCUGAUUAACAUUGUGAUUGUAAAGUUAGUCAUAAUAAACAAUGAGCAGGACGGUCCAGUCAUUUCAUUUAAUGCACAGACCACUUUAAAGAACUUCUGCAUUUGGCAGCAGAGUCAAAACAUUCUGGACGAUAACCAUCAUUCCCAUCAUGACACCGCCAUCCUCAUCACCAGGCAAGACAUCUGCAGAGCGAGGGAUAAGUGUGAUACUUUAGGACUUGCAGAACUGGGGACAGUUUGUGAUCCGUACAGGAGUUGCAGCAUCAGUGAGGACAACGGUCUCAGUACUGCAUUCACCAUCGCCCAUGAGCUUGGCCAUGUGUUCAAUAUGCCUCAUGAUGACAGCAACAAGUGUAAGGAAGAUGGAGUUAAGAUUCAACAACAUGUGAUGGCUCCCACGCUUAACUACAACACAAACCCUUGGAUGUGGUCCAAGUGUAGCAGGAAGUACAUCACAGAGUUCCUCGACACAGGAUAUGGUGAAUGCUUACUCGACGAGCCUGUUUCUAGGCCAUACAGUCUCUCACAGCAGCUGCCCGGACGCAUAUACAACGUCAAUAAACAGUGUGAAUUGAUAUUUGGGCCGGGAACACAGGUGUGCCCUUAUAUGACCCAGUGUCGGCGGCUGUGGUGCACCAGUCCAGAGGGCGCCCAGCGGGGCUGCAGAACCCAACACAUGCCAUGGGCAGAUGGCACCGACUGCUCCCCUGGAAAGCACUGCAAACAUGGCUUGUGUAUAGCCAAAGAGCACGAUGCCACGCCUGUGGAGGGGGCAUGGGGAGUUUGGAGUCCUUUUGGUACCUGUUCACGGACAUGCGGUGGAGGCAUCAAGAUUGCUGUGCGUGAAUGCAACAGACCCGUGCCCAGGAAUGGAGGAAUGUACUGUGUAGGACGCCGGAUGAAGUUUCGUUCCUGUAACUCUGAGCCUUGCUCCAAGCAGAAGAAGGAUUUCAGGGAGGAGCAAUGUGCUGCUUUUGACGGCAGACACUUCAACAUCAACGGUCUACCUCCUAACGUGCGCUGGGUGCCCAAAUACAGCGGAAUCCUGAUGAAGGAUCGGUGUAAGUUGUUCUGCAGGGUGGCUGGCAGUACAGCCUACUAUCAGCUCAGGGACAGGGUCAUUGAUGGCACGCCAUGCGGUCCCGAUACCAACGACAUCUGUGUCCAGGGCCUGUGUCGACAAGCAGGCUGCGACCAUGUAUUGAACUCUAAAGCCAGGAGGGACAAAUGUGGCGUAUGUGGAGGCGACAACUCCUCCUGCAAAACUGUUGCAGGCACCUUCAAUAUCGUCCGCUACGGUUAUAAUGAAGUGGUGCGAAUACCCAGUGGUGCUACAAAUAUAGAUGUGCGUCAACACAGCUACUCAGGAAAACCAGAGGAUGACAACUACCUCGCCGUAUCAAAUAGCCGUGGAGAGUUCCUGCUCAAUGGAGAGUUUGUGGUCAGUAUGUUCAAAAGGGAAAUCAAAGUAGGAAAUGCUGUCAUCGAGUACAGUGGCUCAGACCAUGUCAUUGAGAGGAUCAACUGUACUGACCGCAUUGAAGAGGAGAUCAUCGUCCAGGUGCUGUCUGUGGGGAACCUUUACAACCCAGAUGUCAGGUACUCUUUUAACAUUCCCAUAGAGGACAAACCUCAGCAGUUCUUCUGGGAUGCCUAUGGGCCCUGGCAGGAGUGCAGCCGUCUAUGCCAAGGAGAACGUAAGCGGAAAAUCCUCUGCAGCAGAGAAUCAGACCGGGUGGUGGUGUCAGACCAGAGGUGCCAUGGAACAGCCAGACCCGCUGUAAUCACUGAGACUUGCAACACAGAAUGUGAACUCAGGUGGUAUGUGGCCCGAAAAAGUGAGUGCACAGCCCAGUGUGGCCUCGGAUACCGAACCCUGGAAAUUUACUGUGCCAAAAUCAACCGUGCUGAUGGUAAGACGCAAAAGGUUGAUGACCGCUACUGUAGCAACCAGCACAAACCUGAUGACAAGGAAGGUUGCCAUGGAGACUGUAAUCCCGGUGGCUGGGAGUACUCGCCUUGGUCAGAGUGCUCCAAGAGCUGUGGUGGGGGCACCCGCCGUCGAGGGGCAGUUUGUCGAAAGGCAGCAGAGGCGGGGGGAGAUGAGAGCAAGUGUAGUCAAAGGGACAAGCUGGCCGUCCAAUCCUGCAAUGAAUUCCUCUGUCCACAAUGGAAGACUGGUGACUGGUCUGAGUGCCUUGUUACGUGUGGAAAAGGCUACAAGCAUCGGCAGAUAUGGUGUCAGUUUGGUGAAGACCGUCUCGAUGACCACCGCUGCGGAUCGUCUAAACCAGAGUCUGUGCAGACGUGCCAGCAGCAGGAGUGUGCGUCAUGGCAGGUCGGACCCUGGGGACAGUGCACUACCUCGUGUGGGCCAGGCUACCAGAUGCGAGCGGUGAAGUGUGUAGUCGGCUCUUACGGUGCUGUUAUGGAUGACACUGAAUGUAAUGCCGCCACCAGGCCAACUGACACCCAGGACUGUGAACUGGCCCAGUGUCCCAGCAGCCAUCCUAUUCCCCCAGGGACCAAAGUACCCACCCACCAGGGACACAAAACCCAGUGGCGGUUUGGAUCCUGGACCCAGUGCAGUGCCAGCUGUGGCAAAGGGACGCGUAUGCGCUAUGUAAGUUGCCGUGACAACCAGGGUGGUGUGGCAGAGGAGUCGGCGUGUGCCCACCUACCAAAACCUCCUGCAAGGGAAGUGUGCUCUGUAGUGGCCUGUGGACAGUGGAAAGUACUAGAAUGGACGACGUGCUCGGUGACCUGUGGCCAAGGGAAGACGACACGGCAGGUCCUGUGUGUCAACUUCAGCGACCAAGAAGUGAACAUUAGUGAGUGUGACCCAGACGAUCGUCCGACCACGGAGCAGGACUGCGCCAUGUCUCAGUGUCCAUCCCGUUCCAGCGAGCCCCGAUCGUUCCCGUCCUCACCAAACAGCAGCACCAGGAACAACCUGCCCCGAAGCCAAUCCCACCAAUGGCGGACCGGACCCUGGGGCGCGUGCUCGAGCACAUGUGCAGGAGGCUUUCAGCGUCGCGUGGUAGUGUGCCAGGAUGAGAAUGGCUACCCUGCCAACAGCUGUGAAGAUCGCAGCAGGCCCAAUGAGCAACGAUCCUGUGAGUCGGGGCCAUGUCCGCAGUGGAUCUAUGGCAACUGGGGAGAGUGCACCAAGCCAUGUGGAGGCGGCAUCAAGACAAGGUUGGUGGUGUGUCAGCGUCCAAACGGCGAGCGAUUCAACGAUCUGAGCUGCGAGAUCCAUGACAAGCCGCCAGAUCGUGAGCAGUGCAAUACUCAGCCGUGCCCGUCAAGCCCCCACUGGAGCACAGACCCAUGGAGCUCGUGCUCGGCGUCCUGUGGAAGAGGGUUCAAGUACCGUAAGGUGAGCUGCGUAACGGGGUCAGGCCGUCCCGUCCCAGAGGAAAACUGCCAACACCUGCCUCCAAAGCCAAGCAAGCAGAGGCGCUGCCGAGGUGGACGCUGCCCCAAAUGGAAGACUGGAAACUGGGAAGAGUGUUCUGCGUCAUGUGGGGACGGUGUCCAGCGGAGGGAUGUGUUCUGCCAGGUUGGAGACCGCCGGAGCCCGUUGGAGACAGGAUGUCCCCAGCGCUCCAGACCGGCGUCCAGCCAGAGCUGCCGCGUCGCCGACUGUCCCUCCCAGUACCGAUGGAGAGAAGGAGACUGGCAGCCGUGCAGUAAGUCAUGCGGAUCAGGCCACAGAAGACGGGCCUUGCAAUGUGUAGACCAGAACCAGCAGGAAGUCCAUGAGAUGUACUGUGUGAACCAGAUCAGACCUCCAGACAUAGAGAGCUGCAACACUCAGGCCUGUGAAUAUAUCUGGAUCACAGGCGAGUGGACUGAGUGCUCAGUCAGCUGUGGACAGGGUUACCGCCAGCGUCUGAUCUCCUGCAGUGAGGUGCAUGUGGAGAAUGACAACUAUGAAUACGGCCAUCAGUCUUUGUCCAACUGCCCUGGCACUCCCCCUGAGAGCUACAUGCCUUGUAAUCUCGACCUGUGCCCGCCGCCACAGGAAUGGAGGGUUGGAAUCUGGGGACCGUGUUCAGUGAGCUGUGGGGAUGGAGUAAUGGAGAGGACAGUGCAGUGUGUGUCAGCACAUGGUCAGGAAACCAGUAGGUGUUCCACAGACACCAUACCUGAGGCCAGAAAAGCCUGCAGAAACCCAACAUGCCAUUUGCCUUCAAGCUGUAAAGAAGUCCAAAGCACGAACGGCCCUCAGCCCGACGGUGAGCACUUGAUCAAUAUUCAAGGAAAAGCACUCAAGGUCUACUGUGCAGGAAUGCAGACAGAGACACCGCAGGAGUACAUCACCUUGACAACGGGAGAAGGGGAGAAUUUUUCAGAGAUCUUUGGCUUCAGGCUCAAUGACCCCACCCAGUGCCCCGCCAAUGGCUCCAAUAGAGAAGACUGUGACUGUCGCCGAGAUUACAACGCUGCAGGAAUCACCACCUUCAACAAAGUUCGCCUGGACAUCAGCAAGAUGAACAUCAUCACUACAGACUGGCAGUUUGCUUUCACCGGUGAAGGCAAGAGAGUUCCGUUCGCCACAGCUGGAGAUUGUUACAGCGCCUCCCGUUGUCCACAGGGGCAGUUCAGGAUUAAUCUCUCAGGAACUGGUUUUAAAUUGACUGAGGACACCUCAUGGAUUACCCAGGGCAACUAUGCAGUGGCUGAUAUACAUAAAUCACAGGAUGGAAGUAGAGUGUCAGGAAUAUGUGGAGGCUACUGUGGUAAAUGUAGUCCGUCCUCUGGCUCAAAUCUGCCUGUGACACUGGAAUAGAUGAAUCUCUUCAAACAGCAUCUGUUUCCGUUCAUCAUGGCAGUCCUCUUCAGGUUCUCACUGUGUCACAUUCCUCAUCUUUGGUGCUACGACCCAGCCCGUCCAUCACAUUACCUCUUUUUACACCUCUAUGUGUAUAGUGUAAAUUAAAUUUGUGUAAGUACUGUACAUAUGAGGAUAAAAAAAAAUGUCUUAUUUAUUGUACUCCCCAUUUAUUUUUGUAUUUUAAUGUAAUUUAUGUGUUUUUAUUUGUUUGUUUUUGGUGGAUAGCAAACACCGCACAGCAUCUUUUGCCAAAAUGUGCCUUGUAUAUUUAAUAUUUGCUGUCAUUUUCUCCACAGUGCAUGUGUAAUAGCUAUAUGGAUCAAUCAGUCAUUUCAGGAUCAAUGUUGAAAUCAGGCUUUUGUUGGGUAUAUGCAGUGAGUUGUCUGCUGAAAAGUUUGCACAAUUACAGUCUCGGUCGCUUGGGAAGUGUCAGGUUUAACAUAAAGGAACAGGGAAAUUGCUUCAGGAAAAGGUGUUGUCAUGACAAACACAGCAACAUAGAAAACCACAUUCACAUGGAUUUGAAGACGUUUGAAUGAAUGCUGAAGGAAA